CUCUGCCCUCUCUCUCCAAGACCUCCUUUCACUCGCUCCGUCUGCGCAGUUCUCAGUACUUGGUAGAGCACACGCGCUCUCGUCCAAGAAAAAUUAACCACACUUCUUCCCCCCACCCCUCGACCCUGAGCGGAAAGCUUCAGUACUCGAGUAAAUCAACACCUCGACCUGGGAGAAGUGUCGGGUUGGAGGAGACGGAGGUCACUUACCCUGAUCGUAGGAGCGUGAAUCGCUUCUCGUCGUGAAACUAGCCCCUGCCGCACCUGCGUUCCGCCCUUUAUUGAAUACAUACCGCGCACUGUGCACACCCUCUCUAUCCACACCCACCCACACCCCAUCGUCAUUUUAGCACCAUUCGACACCCCAAAGCCCCAUCUCCAACAAGCACGAUCUACCCUGUCUGUUCCAAUUCUCCUUCCGUCGUUUUAGGCCACGCUUCCCUCCUUCCCUCACUUUUUCUUUUCUCUUCCGCCUUCUUUUUUAUCUCUCGUCUCCGGCUCGCCGACUCCCUCGCUCCCCUUUCCUUUUCUCCUUUGUGGGAUUUUCAUGCAAUCCUACGCUUCCCUUCAUUCGCCAUCCGUAGGAAAAAUGCAAGGGCAGGAUCCAUCAAUGUCGCGGGGCAGGCCCUAUGGCACUUCCUCAUCCAGACUCGAUUUCGGAAACAUUAUCGGUGAUCCAUUCGCUCUGUCCACCAUCUCGAUAGCUAUAGUAAGCCUCACCAUUCCUUGCCCUGGUCGUCUUUGUCGCUCCUUCCGACGAUGAUUGUGGGCCCGGAAUCCACUAUUCAGGGAAAGGGGGAAAAAUGGGAACCUAUGUUUUAUUGCUUUUCGGGGUGAUGGUGGCUAACUUUCUUCUAGAUAGGAUGGCUAGUGGGAUUUGUAUCUCAAGCGAUUGCUGAUGCCGACAAAGGGGUUGUCAGUUUUCCCAAAUUUGCCUGGUGGUCUAUUGUAUACGUAUUUUUCUGCAUAGUGGGUGUUACAGUCGUUAUAUUAAUGGACUCCGUUCACAAGUAUCAGCUUGCGGUAAGGCUAUUCGGUUCAAAGCUACGGUAGAUCUUUGCUGAUUUUUGGCUCGGUGGUUUAGCUUGUGGGCUAUCUUUCGGCCGGUAUGGUUUUUACAUGUUCGGCCGCGAACACUCUUGUUUACAUAGAUAGAGGUACCAUGCAGGCGGCAGGCGCUGGGCAUAUUAUUUUGUCCAUUGUUCAGGUUAGUAUAUCUGGUUGUGCUUCUCGUACCUGAUGCUUACUUUGGACUGCAGAUUAUCUGGAUAUUCUAUUUCGGUUCAACUCCCGACGCCUUAUCUCAUGCUUAUGUAGACUCGUUUGCUCUUCACAAAGAUCAGAAGCGUUCGCAGAGCACACGCCCCCUAUCGCCCGCCUACCACGGAGGGGACAGACCCCACACUAGCACCAGCAGUCACCAUGCUCCUCAGAUGUAUACUAGUGCACAACUCAACGGAUUCGAAACCAGCUCUCCAGUGCCUGGACAAGCUGGUCCUGAUUACAGACAGUCAGCAAACAGGUACGCAUCUCCUUCGGUCUCAACUCUGGCACCCGGACCAUCCGCUACACCUCAACCGCAAAGCCAGGGCGGACCACCAGAUUCGGAAGUUUCGGCACCCACAGAGUAUCCAUACAGAGCAAAAGCUAUCUACUCUUACGACGCGAAUCCAGAGGAUGCGAACGAGAUAUCGUUUGCAAAGCAUGAGAUUUUGGAGGUGUCCGAUGUUUCAGGGCGAUGGUGGCAGGCAAGGAAACAGAAUGGAGAAACGGGUAUUGCACCAUCAAAUUACUUGAUUCUAUUGUAAAAUGGAAAGAUGAAAGGAACGGUGUCUUGUUUUACUUUUUUUUGUCACAUUUUACCUGUCACGUUUUUUCUUUUCAUUUUUUCCUAAUUGUUUUGCUUUCCGGCGCUGGCAAGGUACGGUGGGGGUAUGUGCGUGUGCGUACAAUGGGAAUGCAGAAUUUCUGUCUCGAACUCUGGAAGGGAGGAAGGGUUUUGAAUGGAAAGGCAAGAAAAGGAUGGAUGGAACAAUGGAGGGAAAAGGGGGAUCAGCAUUUUAUCGACUUCAGAAGGCAAUCUUUUUUUUUUUCCUUUAAAAGUACAAAGUCCUUCACCUUUUAACGACAGCAUCUCCUUUUCUUUUCUUUUCUUUUCUCUCUGAAUUUUCUUCUGCUUUCUGUCUUCUGCGCAAGAUUUAAUAUCCAGGAUUUCUUGGGCCCGGGAGGUUUUUCUUUCCCCAACUCCCCCCCCCCCCCUACCCUACCUACCUACCUACCUACCGGCCUUUGCUCUUUUGUUUGCUGCCGAUUUCCUCUCAGUCAGUCGGACCUCCUCCAAUCGAUCAGCAAAACGACGGAUGUGAUGGGGUGGACUUUGUGGCUUUUUUUUUAGUCUGAUACACUUACCCGGCGGCAUAUCCGACCGUUUUCCCACUAUGUCGUACUGUGCUCGCACGAAGUCAUGCCGGGGCCUGCGGUACCGGGCUCGUAAUACAACCAAUUGCUAUCAUGGCCCGUCUAUUCAAGAGUAUCUGGACAACUUACUUUGGGAUGGAUGGGUGGAUGGACCAUGGCAGGAGUCUGGUCUGCGAGCGAACAAAUAAGCAAACAUGAAGCGGAAUAGUGAUGAUUCGCACAUCAGACAUUCCAACGUGCAGUUGAUUCGUUGGUUGGUGACAGGGGGAGGAAUUGAUGGAUGGAUGCACUGGUCGAAGGAGGAAAAGGACUCGAAACCCGAGAUGGAGUGGUGGGCAUAGGGAUAUCCAAAUGAAUACUGCAAACGGAGCUUGGGCGUCAAUAUUUUUUCUUGUUCUCUUUUAUCAUACUUUUUUUCUUUUUCUUUUUCUUUUUCUUUCUCAUCUUCCAUCAUACCUACAAAACCCAAUCUUCAAUCUCCAACCUGUACAUCCGUUGCCUUCUUACUUUACUAUACCCAUUCCCUUCGGGCAAACAAACAAAAAAUUCUAAUGGCCACUCUUCAACAUGAUCAACAAAGUACUUCUCUUCCUUUGCGAGUUGAAAUGAACGAGUAGGAGCAACCGUGUUUGCGCCAACUUGUUGAUGCAAAACUCAAGCUGGGUUGGACUAGCCGGUGUCGGGUUAUGAUUUGAACUAGUCCGAUAUCUCAGCUUUCGUGUUCUUCCUGUUCCACUUUUCUUGUUUGGUUUAGCUAGUCAGUGGUAAUUAACAUAUGGUACCACAAGUGUAUAAAUGCGGGCUUGGUUUGGAUGAAUUAAUUCAUCUUCAUUUACAAUA